AUGAGCCUCCUCGCAAACCCGCUGGCGACGCCAUCCCAGCUGUAUCGCCGCGCUUCCUCCGCAAUCUUGCCGCGAGACAUCGACGAGGCCGUCUAUUUUGCGACGCAAUGCCUGACGCAGGCGGCGGGCCGGCUCCUGCAACUGCCUCAAUCGGUAACGGCGCAGGCUAAUGUCCUGCUGGCGCGGUUCUGGCUGGCAGAGUCGCCGAUGGCUCACGAGUUCGGUGACGUCUCUGCUGCUACCAUCUAUCUCGUCUCGAAGCUGGGGCCACUCCCUCGCUCGCCGCGAGACGUCUCCAACGUCUACGCCAAUCUGUCAUCUGUCAACUCGGCCCUUUUCCCCGGCGGCGAGCUGCCCAAGGACGACCCGAGGGCGUACUAUCAGACCGAGGCGGACUACUAUGCCUUUCAGCAGCGGAUACUGGGACUGGAGGCUCGCAUCCUUCAGUCGCUUUCGUUUGAUACCCAGGUCUCUCUUCCGCAUCCGCUAGCCAUUACCUAUCUCCAGACUCUGGACUUUUUAUCACAGCCACGAACAACAGUCUCUCUACGAACGAUUCAAUAUCUCAACACGGCCCUACUGUCACCCCAGAUGCUUUACAUAACGCACCAGCCUAAUGCCCUAGCCACAGCGGCGAUAUACAAUGCGGCGCGUGAUCUGGGUGCCAAGAUGCCGGAGCAUGAGUGGUGGGAAGUCUUUGACGUUGACCGUGAAGAACUGGGAUUUCUUGUGGUUGCCAUGCGCAGCGUCGAAGGAUGGAUGCAAAAACUCAAGGAGGACUUUCCGGGCUUCGGUAAUAGUAUGCUUAAGAGAAGCAUGGUGGAGGACGAAUUGCACCGGAGAGGGCUACAAGUCGGCAACGGGGACAAUGCAUCCCGAGAUGAAGAGGCAGAAGUCAUGCGAAUGAUGGACAGCCGAUAA